UCAAAGCGAACAAAGCAAAUAAGCAAAUUACUUGAUAUUGUAAGUCUUUUAAGUGAAGAAAAAUGUCGACCUUUGGCGGCAACAAUAAUGGAGUUCAGGCUUGGGGCAACGGUGUCAACAACUAUGGAACCAACAACGUCGGCACUGGUUCUGGAAGCCAGAACUUUGGCCAAGGUUCUGGAUCUAACCACGUUAGUGGUGGAAUGUGGACUGUCAACCCCGGCUUUGUCAGUCCUUCUGCCCCAGGCUUUGCCAAUCCUUGUGCCCCAGGUUUCGCCGUUCCUUAUGCCUAUCCCUGUGGUGGCGCCCCUAUAAAUAUGGGCCCUGGUGCUGGAGGAUGGAAUUCAGGCUCUGCUUCAGGAAGUCAAAACAAUUUCAAUGGACAAGCCAAUAUUGGAUCCAAACCCUAGACUCUUGUUAAGAGUUCUAUGCGUUUGCCUAGCUAGGUAAAGCAGCAGACACUUAUGGUAUUAAAAAAAUUAUGCUAUAAAUAUCAAUAAAUUCUGCUGCUUUGUUUUAUUUUGAAAGUAUAUAUGUUAAUACUACUACUAGACUGAAAAUCAACCUCGAAUACUUUU